AUGUCCUGCCCUCUGUCCUCGAUCUUGGGCAAGGACUGCGGCAUCACGCAGCGUCUGGACUGCAUCCAGCGGCAGCUGCACCCGACCGCGGUAUGGGAGCAGAUCACUACCAUGCCGCCGUGGAAGGUCGCCGUCGUCGUGAUCGUCCUCAUUGCCAAGUUGCCUGUCUUCCUCGCCUGGCUGAAGAACUGGACUACCAGCCGGACCGCCGUCAAAUUCAACUGGCCGGAAGCGUCGCCUGAGUGGAAGGGCAAGGUUAUCCAGAACCCGGACCUGUUCGCGCACGAGCGCGAUGCCUCGCUCCUCCCCGCCGGCGCGGACACGAAGGCACAAUAUCUCACCUGCUACGACCCGUCGACUGGCUCGCACAUCGAAACCAUUCGCCUCGAGAACGAAGCUGAGAUCCUCGCUCGCCUGCAGAAGGCAUGGGCCGCUCAGCCCUCGCUGGCCGCGAGCUCAUUUGCGCAGCGACGUCGCUUCCUGACAUCGCUGAAGGCAUGGAUCCUGGCGCACAUGAGCGACAUUGUCGCCGUCGCGGUGCGGGACACGGGCAAGACGCGGGUCGAUGCCGUUUUUGGCGAGAUCCUGACGACACUGGCGAAGAUCGACUGGCUCAUCUCGGACGGCGAGGCGGCUCUCGCUCCUUCGAAGCGGAAACGCACUUUACUCCUGGCGCACAAGAACAGCGAGGUUGUGUACGAGCCUCUCGGUCUCGUCGCCGCGCUCGUCAGCUGGAACUACUCGUUCCACAACGCUCUCGGCCCGAUCCUCGCCGCCAUCUUCAGCGGGAACGCCAUCGUCGUCAAGGGCUCGGAACAAGUCGCCUGGAGCUCGCGUUGGUUCAUCGGCGCAGUGCGCGCCUGUCUGUCCGCAACAGGCUUCGACCCAGAACUUGUUCAGCUGGCGAUCUGCCUCCCCGGCCUCGCCGAGAAGUGCAUCACGACAAACCCCGACGUCCGCCACAUCACGUUCAUCGGCAGCGAGCCCGUCGGCAAGCUCGUCGCCAAGGCGGCCGCGCAGAAUCUGACCCCGACCUGCAUCGAGCUCGGCGUUUCCAUCUCUUCUGGGCUAGCUGACGACCAGGUCCCCCGCUCGCGACAGCAGGAGUUCAUCGACCUCCUCCUCCCCCGCGUGCGCGCUCUCAGGCUGGGGAAGGAUGUAGGCUCCCUGAUCUCGCACGCUCCGAUCGCGCGACUCGAGAAGCUCAUCGCGGAAGCGGUCAAGCAGGGCGCGACGCUGCACUGUGGCGGCGAGCGGGCCGUGCUCCCUGACAGGCCGGAGGGCGCGUACUUCACGCCGACGCUCAUCUCGGACGUGCGCAUGGACAUGGCGCUCGCGACCGAGGAGCUCUUCGCGCCCGUGAUGACGGUGGUGCCGUACGACAGUGUGGAGGAGGCGGUAGCCUGGCUGAAGAAGCAGCGUUUCGGCCUCGGCGCAGGCGUGUACGGCGGCAAGCGCGCCGACUUUGGCGUGUUCUACCUCAACCAGUCGAUGCCUUUUGGCGGCGUCAAGGCCUCGGGCCACUCGCGCUUCGCCGGCCCAGAGGGGCUGCGCUCGCUCUGCAACCCCAAGGCGCUGAUUCAGGACACGGUGUUCAAGGUGCGCACGUCGAUUCCGCCGGCACUCGACUAUCCCAUCAAGAACGAGGACAAGGCGUGGGGAUUCCUCCACGGGCUCGUUGGACUGGGUUUCGGCGGCAUCGGGGGGAAGGUCAAGGGUAUCUUCGAGCUGGUCCGGAACGGGUAG